AUGGAGACGGCGGAGCCCGGGCUCAACAAGCGGCCGCGCGGUUGGCUGGCGGCUGGAGGCCGGGGAGGAGGGCGGAGGCGGAGGGGAGGGCAGAGGGUUGGUGGAGCAAGAGGAAGCUCGGGGAGACGACUAGAAGGAGGAGGCGGGCGGCCCCGGCCCCAGGCCCCUCCCAGGCUCCGAGGCUCCCCGGCUUGCAGGCGGAUGGAUGGGGCUUGUCCAGGCGGUGGCGGCUGCAGCGAAGGUGGCGGCGGUGGCGGCGGCAGCGGCUAUGGUGUGGUGGCUCGAUUCUCCCAGUGCCUGGCUGAGUUACGGACGUGGUUAAGAACCAACUGGUUGAGGUUCAAUGCAGACAAGACGGAUGUGAUGCUGCCAUCUGUUGAGUCUUCAAGUCCAGGAGGUUCAGCAACAUCAGAUGACCAUGAAUUUGAUCCAUCAGCUGACAUGCUGGUACAUGAUUUUGAUGAUGAACGAACAUUAGAAGAAGAAGAAAUGAUGGAAGGAGAAACAAACUUCAGUUCUGAAAUAGAGGAUCUUGCAAGGGAAAGCGACAUGCCAAUUCAUGAACUUCUCAGCCUUUAUGGUUAUGAUGGUACUAGUCGACUACCUGAAGAAGAUGAGGAGGAGGAAGAAGAGGAAGAAGAAGGUGAAGAUGAUGAAGAUGCUGAUAAUGAUGAUAACAGUGGCUGUAGUGGAGAAAAUAAAGAAGAGAAUAUAAAGGAUUCAUCAGGUCAAGAGGAUGAAACUCAGUCUUCCAAUGAUGAUCCAUCACAAUCUGUUGCUUCUCAAGAUGCACAGGAAAUAAUCCGCCCACGUCGAUGUAAAUAUUUUGAUACAAACAGCGAAAUAGAAGAAGAAUCUGAAGAAGAUGAAGAUUAUAUUCCAUCAGAAGACUGGAAAAAGGAGAUUAUGGUGGGCUCCAUGUUUCAAGCAGAGAUUCCAGUUGGCGUUUGUAGAUACAAAGAAAAUGAAAAAGUAUAUGAAAAUGAUGAUCAACUCCUGUGGGAUCCUGAGUACUUACCUGAAGAUAGAGUGAUUAUAUUUCUUAAGGAUGCAUCUAGAAGAACAGGUGAUGAGAAAGGUGUAGAAGCGAUUCCUGAAGGAUCUCACAUAAAAGACAAUGAACAGGCAUUAUAUGAAUUAGUUAAAUGCAAUUUUGACACAGAAGAAGCAUUGAGAAGAUUAAGAUUUAAUGUAAAAGCAGCUAGAGAGGAAUUGUCUGUUUGGACAGAAGAAGAGUGUAGAAAUUUUGAACAAGGGCUGAAGGCCUAUGGAAAGGAUUUUCAUUUAAUUCAGGCUAAUAAAGUUCGAACAAGGUCAGUUGGUGAAUGUGUAGCAUUCUAUUAUAUGUGGAAAAAAUCUGAACGUUAUGAUUUCUUUGCUCAGCAAACGCGAUUUGGAAAAAAGAAAUACAAUCUUCAUCCUGGUGUAACGGAUUACAUGGAUCGUCUUCUGGAUGAAAGUGAAAGUGCUGCCUCCAGCCGAGCACCAUCCCCUCCCCCAACUGCCUCAAACAGUAGUAACAGCCAGUCUGAGAAAGAAGAUGGCACUAUAAACAAUAGUAAUCAAAAUGGGGUGUCAUCUAAUGGACCAGGUGAAUUAUUAAACAAAGAAGAAGUAAAAGUUGAAGGGUUACACGUUAAUGGACCAACAGGUGGAAAUAAGAAACCACUUCAUGCAGAUAUGGAUAGUAAUGGUUAUGAAACAGAUAAUCUUACCACUGACCCAAAGCUUGCCCAUAUUGAUGAAAAAAGUGAGAGACCUGCCAAAAGGCGAAGGGUAAACAGCAAUGGAAAAGAAAGUCCAGGUUCUUCUGAAUUUUUCCAAGAAACAAUCUCACAUGGGAAAUUUGAAGAACUUGAAAACACAGAUGACUGA